UGUCAAUCUUGUAGCUCGUGUUUCCUGCACUUGUAAACAGACACUGGCCAACUGUGUGUACAGUCAUCGCAACGGCAACACAGAACCGAAACGUAUCACACGUUUUAAACGACCUAGUCUUAGUUAAAGAAUCUAGCGAUGAGCGCACGCGUAAAUGGAAUUGUAAACGAAGGGCAGGACAAUGAUGACACGAUCCCGAGCAAAUCUGCGAAGACAUCGACGCCGACAACAGACAAACCUGUUGCCGUAGCUGUUACCGACCACGAGGAAAAACGCGAGUCAUGGGGCAAUAAACUUGAAUUUCUUUUGGCUACCAUCGGUUUCGCUGUCGGCCUCGGAAACGUAUGGCGCUUUCCUUAUCUAUGCCAGAAAAAUGGAGGAGGUAGGAUUUUUAUAUAUUUGAUAUUUACGAUAUUUCUACAGUACUUCACUGUAACAUAUAGUAAACUAUAGUGACAGCCAAAGUCACUAGUAACUCGCAUGCCUCGUGUCACUAGUGACUCGAGACGAAGGGCCUUCGCUCGAAACGUCGAAAUUCUCCUUAUAUUUUUCAGGUAGUUUCAUUCCUACUAACGAAAGCUUGUUUAUGUAGUAACCGCCAUCUGUUUGUAGAUGAUAUUGUACAACUACGUGAAAAAUACAAAAAGAAGUCGGUCGUUUCGAGUGAAGACCUUUCGUCAGGGAAAGAUGUUUCUUCGUCGAAAUUCUUUUCAUAUUUUUAAGUUGUUUUAUCAUCUACAAACGUUCGCUGUUUCUGUUCUUCGUUAUCCCGCCCGCCGUUGUUAAGUUUAUAUGUAGUAAAACAGUGUGUCCUAUAUAUACAAGUACAACAAGCAGCCAUUGUAUUCUACACUCAGUCGUCGUGGUUUCUGUCUGAAACUGCCUGAAACACUCUGAAAACAAAACUCAGACACUCCUGUUUUAUGUCAGAAGAUGACUAGAGUUUUGACUUUGAGAGUUUGUAUACAAACGCACAAGAAAAUCCAAAGUCCAGCUCGGGUAGCCGUCUUCGGUCAAUAAGCUGCCGUUUUUGCGUUCUGAACUUACUAAAAAAGUUCCAUAUUUCGACCCGAAGGUCCUUUUAUGGAAAUGUUUUGCUAUUUUUAAUUAAACGGUUUAAAUGCUUUGACGACGAGGAGUUUUACCCACUCAACACAGCAGCCUACGCAAUAGAAUAAUUGCGAACGGAUUAGUGAAACAGGCGCUAAAACUGUAAAAGUGUGACGCAUGCAGUACUUUAUUGCGUAUCUCUGUACUUUUCAAUGAAUCCUACAUGUGUAUGCCAGAUAUGUACAGAUGUGAACAUGUGGUCUGUAGCAUAAACAGUUUCUAUGGCCGACGCUUUAUAGACUUAGUCAACGAAAAAAUGGCCGGGGGCAUUGAAUGAUUUUCGUUUAUUCGGGAAGCGAAAUUCUUUUCCAAGGCAUGUACACGUUUCUUCACGUUUGUAAUGUAGUAUUUGUUGUACGUAUGUAGAGGUCAGGCAGGUUCAUAUAAAUUGUAAACAAUAUCUUGAUGCCUCGAGGCUUCGUACAAAACGUCCGAGUACAGAAUGAUGCAACAGCUUUUCACGCCGAUGAAACGCGGCUUGAUUAAUUGAUAUACGCAUAUUAAGCUAGAGCUGUAGAGCUGUAUCUACUGAUUGCGUGAUUCUUUAAAAAAAUUCCGUGUAUUUUUGUUCUUGGGAUAAUCCAAUUUAUGUAUUAAAGUUGUCCCGGAUAAAUAAAAUGGGAUUUAUAAUAGAGCGAGGUCGUAUAUUUUGUGGGUCAUAAAAUAUUGAGCAAUGCCAAUGUAUUUGCAAAUGCAUUAUUCAUAUGUCCGCUAUAAUAUGUCAACAGGGAGACCCUAAGAAAUUGCUAACUUCUAGGACAAAAAAUUGAAGCUGUACAACGAGACCGAGACGCUUCUUCAUUAGAACAAUGAAGCCUUUUCGUUUAGUUUAAACGCAUGUUACCCAAUUAGAGAAUCGAAAACGAAACUGCAAAACCUUAUGAAAUGCUGGAACUGGGCGAAAUCUCAAGAUCUUGAUCCUUUACCAUGUGCCAUGUGGUGUCUCAAUAAGUAAUUGAUACCCUAUAAUAUAUAUCCUUGAGUAACCUCGUGAUGGCGGUUUCAAUGUUACGUAAUUCACGAGUAACACUUCUCUAACAACAUUAUACAGGGAUGCCAGAGCUAUUUAUUUUUCUUUUUUUUUAAUUUUUGAGGAUACUGGCAUCAGCAAGGCGCCAAUGACCGUUAAGAUGCAUUUACUAUGUUCGGAUGCCUUCUAAUCUUGUGAUAAAACCUUCGCUUUAAAAAUAUCAGAAUUCCAUGCGUUAUUUCUCUCUCAUGACAAGAACCGAUACCAAAGGGUCAAUGCCCAUGCGAACUGUUUUGUGAACCCACGCUCCUAUUUAGUGGAACUUUCCACUUCUCACUGGGGUUUUGGUGGGGGGGGCGUCGGUAGAGCAGGUGCUUUUCAUGUCUGAGAGCGUGGGUUCAAUUUUCGUCCCAUGAGAGACAGAGUGAAGACAUUCAUGCGAAAAGAUCUAGUCAACACAUGCUAAACGUCCGUGGGUUUUUCGACGUACAGACAGAUAUUCCGCAUAGAAUGUUGACAGGCUGUGAGGCUGUGUUUGGUCGUUAUAGGAUACAUAAAAAAUAGACUGGGAGCUCCAUCAGGAAUAAGAAGAACAAGAACUAUAGGCGCCUUAAGUCGCAGUAACUAGGACCACCCUCAGAUAGAUCGCACUAUCGCAGUAUGAAUUAUGAAAACCUUCUUGAACAUAGAUGAUUGAGCAAUUUCAAAUUGUCUCAUUGUGGAUUGCGUGCUAUGCGGAAGUAAAGGAACGAUACAGACCUCUCUUGUUCUUCCAUCUAUCUUCGACUCCUUAGGUAAUAAAUGUGCACCCUAUUACAUGGUUUAAUAUCACGAUUGCAAAGAGUUGAGUGUUUUUAAGCCAAAAAUAUCUUACUGUGCUUGCAUAAAAUAGAUGUCAUAUUUUUUAAAUUGUGAAUAUCUUUUAAUACUUAAUAUUCUGGCAGUUUAAUCCUAUUAGCGUGGCUCUGCUAUUUCGCAAUGACAAUGAACUACAAGUGUGUUAGCAUUAUACCUGACGUAACAAAGGAAAGUGAAUUACAAAACUGUUUACACUUACUGCCUUUUAAUCUUUCCUCAAACACAACUUUGCCAUACAUUAACGCUAAGGUCAUGGCCAAACUGCCUUAUAGGCAAACCGUUAUUCUGUAGGUAGUUUUCCACAGAUUGGUGCCACAUUGGUGUAGGUAGUAUUCCACAGAUUGCACCCCACAAGCUGCCGUGUAUGGUUUGUGUCUGAAGAGAACUACCUAGUGAGAAAGAUAUCUCAAACGUGGGUGUCCAGUGUGGGUAGAAUUCUACAAUAAGCUGCCGUGGUUUGUGUCUGAACUACCUAAAAAAUAGAUCCUAAAACGUAUAGGAAUGCAAUGUUGGUAGUAUUCUACAAUAAGCAUACUGUGGUUUGUGUCUGAACAUGUCGUAUAACCUAAAAAAUACUCAAACGCGGGGGUUCAUUAAUGUAGGUAUUAUUCUUCCGUCUGAACUACUUGAAAAAUAUCUCAAACGUGGGGUCUGGCGUAGGUAGUUUCUACAAUAAACUCCCGCGCUUUGUAUUUGAAGAGAUUGGAGUUGUGCCAAUCAAAACAUCCCCAAAAUUGGUCAAUUUAUUUGCUAAACUUGGAGCAAUUCGAUCCUAUAUAGCAUGGUACUUCAAAAAUUUGUUGGUCUAAUUAACAUAAUUUCCUGUCUUUGAAUUGCGAAAACAGCGGGGGGGGGGGAAGCAGGGCCGCCGAGAGGGGGGAUUGCCCCUGGCCCCCACCUUAAUAGGGCCCCACUUGAGAGCAAGAGCCUAAAAUUGAGUAGGUUCUUUAUUAAACUGGUCGGAGCAUUUUUGAAAUUGAGGGCCCCUUACAGUACCUCCACAUGCAGUCUAGCUAAGGUCCAGUUGGGUGACUGACUUGGGUCUACCUUAAAAAUAAUGAUGUUAUGGGGUCCCCAGAGAAGAUUUGCCCCGGGCCCCGCGAAUUCUCUCGGCGGCCCUUGGGGGGGGGGGGGUAGCACCUUGUCUGAAAGUCAGUAAGCGUGGGACAACACUGCCAACAUCCCGAUGCAAUGUGUUCGCUCAAAAUGUCGAAAUUUUUUAAUACUUCACACAUCAACCACUUUGUUGCCACAUUAUAAAAUUUUGUCUUAAUCCAUGUCAAGGAUUUUCAACAUGCAAAUUCUUUGCAAUUUGUUUGUUUUAUACUUUUUUCAAAUGGUCUGCUGGAAACCGAAUGGGUUUUAUAGUGUUGUUGCGCAAAUUUAAUCGGUGGAUUAUUAUUUUUUUCAUUUAAUCAAUCUUUUUAUAUAUUGAUCUAUCACAACGUAAAUAAGUUAGAUCACGCAAUAUGUAAGGCUACACAAAGUAAAUUUAUUUGCUGUAUAGUGUGUUAGAUUACUGCCUUUGCAAGCCCCUGGCACAUUGCGCUGCCGCGAGAUGGUCAAACAACGAACUUAAUGUGAUUAACUGGACCGAUAUUUGGUUUCACUUUUCCCGCCAAACGUCUGAAUGUCAUACAGUGUACUGAAUUUGAAUAGGUCGCAAGGUGACCGACCUUGAACUUGUUUCAUUCAACGUGAUACUGUUCGUGUUUACCUCGGAAAUGGUUGUAAUAUAGAAUUAGCUUUGUUUUAGCAAACAUACGUAAAACUAAUCUUCCUUUGUUUGCAGUAAGAGUCUGCGUUUAAAGCGUGUGUUUAUUCAGGGUUUAGCAGCGUUUUACGAAGCAUUUUUUAGUACAAUUGCCUUAUGACGAGGCAAAACACUAGCUUUAAAUAUUAUAUUAGUGUUAUGCAAUAAUAAUAAUAAUAAUUGGUUUAAUCAACCGUGUUGCAGUUGCAAAAUUGGAUUACACGAAGGAAACAAUAGUCGAAAGUUUUGGUUUUCACCAGCGCCAGGACUGGAAGGUCAUCCUAUUGAUAGGGUUACCCUACCUCAACGUAAACAGGACUAUUAAGACCAUCUAAGGAAUUGUUUUUCAAUGUUUGGACGCAGUAUACGGCGAAGGGCUUCCCAAGGAAUACACACAUGCAAAUAAUUUAUCUUCUUAGAAUGUAGACCGACGUCUUCCAGCGAGAUUAGCCCAUAUCUCUUUUCCCGCACUUUUGGAUUUGCGAUUUCGGUGAACGCCCAUUUCCACUCAAGAAACAUUUCCACCGACAGAAAAUUUUCCGAAAAUGUCGGCCAAUGACAUUUCUGCGGAAAAUUUUCCCCAAGUGGAAAUGGCUCAGAUCGUCACCGGACUAUUCAGGCUCCCCGUAUAAACAAGAACGGUGUGUGACAGUCGUAGAAAUAAUAGAUUAGUGUCAGUCCGCAGUUUCCGUAUAAACAACUUCUUUAGCAGAGUCAUUGCAUGCUUAACAUAAACUAGCCCAUGACAACGGUGUUUUGGAAUUGCAACAUCUCUGAUAAUUGCAACAUCUCUUGUAGUACGUUCGCGGUUACAGCUGUGGAUUCAAUUGAACUGAUAAAGAUAAUAUUUUCCUUAAGGUUUCACUACGGGGUUAAUAUAGACCAUGUGUUUUCUUUUCAUUCUCGUAGUCUGCGUAUAUAGUGUUUGUUUACUGCUUGUUCUAUCAGCAGGACCUCCGAGUCAGAUCGGAGUUUUAACACCGACUGAGCCGGAAUAAAAUGUCUCGAGCGAUCAUUGCCAGCGUAGAUUGCGAUGAGUACAAACAGCUGGCGACCAACGCUGAAGGAACGCCAACAAAAUAAUAUCAGUAAUGAUUUUUCUGUGGGCUAGUAUUCCAAAGGUCGUAGGUUCGAUUCCCACCGUGGUCAGGCAUAUUUUUCAAGCUUGCCCGGUGUGGAUAUACACUCAGAGUAACAUCACAAACAUCAAAAUAAUAUCAUUGGCAGCUAUUGCAUUUGGAGCGGGUAUUCCUCCAACAUGGCCACCAUAUCUUUGUCUUCUGUCUGGUUUCAAUAUGGUCGUAACGGUCGCAAAAAUAGAGUCACGAUCUUUCUCAGUUUAUAAUAGUUUACACCUGUAAACCGCAUAUGAAUUAUAAGUAUAUUCUCUGGUUAUAAUCACUCCGCGUAUUUUCAGUUCUAAAAUGCUGUACUUCGGCUGAUGAGAAAGAUCGUGACUCAAUCUUUACGACCGUUACGACCAUAUGGAAACCAGGCUUUACAAAUUAAAGGGUGUACGAUCAACAAGUUUUCCUUUGACAAGUUUUGUUGUUCGUCAGUUCGUGUGCAGGGAAUGGGAAUGUUGUGAAACAUUUAUCUCACGUCAAGGUCCCCUUUUGUUUGCCAAAACCCUAGAAGUAUUUCUUGCACACUUGUCAAGUUUUUCUUGGCGGCCGUACAGACGAACAAAUUUGCCUUGACCAAAAGCUGGCAAGGAAAAAUUGUCAAUUAUUUGCCUUACACACGAGCAAAGAAGAUUUCUCAAGGGCAAAUUGCUCGUUUAUACGAGAUGUUGAUAUAUGGAAAGUUAACCUAAUUUUAUCUAAAAUCUAUUUCUAGGUGCCUUCCUCAUUCCGUACUUCAUAUCACUGUUCCUGCUGGGUAUCCCGCUGUUUGUCAUCGAGCUUGGCAUGGGUCAGCGGCUACGAAACGGCUCGAUCGGGGUCUGGAACCAAGUUAGUCCAUAUUUGGGUGGAAUUGGCGUGACGUCAUUGGUUGCAUCAUGUUUCAUCUGCAUAUACUACAACAUGAUUGUAGCAUGGUGUUUCUAUUACCUCUUCAUAUCCUUCCAAGAUCCCCUGCCAUACCAAGAUUGCCCUACCGUGGAUGGUAACAAGACUGAGCCGGAGUGUGCACUCGCUGGGGAGACCUCGUACUACUGGUACAGGAAGGCUUUGGGUCUCUCUCCGUCAAUCACUGAAAGUGGCGAGGUUCAGUGGCAUUUGGCGCUAGUCUUGCUCUUAGCUUGGUUGGUCGUGUUUCUCUGUACCAUGAAAGGUGUCAAGUCCACGGGAAAGGUAAACAUCUUUGCUACAACAUACCGUAUUGACGACUUCAGGUCACUUUUCAAAGCGCGGUUAUGGCGGCAUGCAUUGUGAUAGACUUCAAUCUAGGCACAAGACAAUCUCGACUUGCAAUACUCUUCUGUAAACAAAAAGCAAGUUAUGUGGCAUUUCAGUAUAUGAGAUGACAGAAAUUUUCUGCAGGAUGUAAGAAGAAUUCUUGCGAAGAUAUGCUGAUCUGCUGAUGCUGAUCUGCUGAUGCUGCGGGACAUUAGCCAGCUCUGCUUAUGGCCAUUAUUAAAUUAAAAAAAAAUAAAAGUGUGUUCCAACCUACCACUUUUUUUCAGGAUAUGAAAUCGGAAUCACAGGGUAUUUUUUGUCAGGGCUAAUGCAUGAUCUAUUUUCCCGUAGGCUGUCUACGUGACUGCGUUAUUUCCAUACCUUGUUCUUGUCAUAUUCUUCUUCCGUGCUGUGACAUUGGACGGCGCUGGGGAUGGACUCAAACGAAUGUUCACACCGAAGGUAAAGAUAUAAACGUUGUCACCCCCCCCCCCCCCCCCCCCCCUGUUGAGAGUUGAGUAAACUCUCAUGUAAACUUUCGCAUCUCAACUCUCAUACAUUCUCAUGUAACUGUUGCAUGAGAAUUUAUGACAGUUGAACUCUUGUUCUCUUUUGACCAGGCAUGAGAGUUGAGAGAACUCUCAUGGAAACUUUCGCUUCUCAACUCUCAUCAACUCUCAUGCAACUCUUGUUCUCGUUUGACCGGGGCAUGAGAAUAGAGAGAACUCUCAUGCAAACUCUCGCAUCUCAACUCCCAUUCUCUGUCACCAGGCCUCAACGCAUCCUUAUCGCCCGUAUUCUAAAAGCUCACUCACACUCAAUGAGUGGAAGUUCAAUCUGAGCUUCUCUCGAGUGUCAUUGCUGUUUUUGAAUAGUUGGAGGAAUAGUGUCAUACGUGACUACUAAUAAUAAUAAUAAUAGCUUUAUUCAUCCAUCUUAAGAUAAAAAAGUACAAUGGACUUACAAUUACUUGUUUAAGAAAGUAUAUAUGCUGCGGAUAUGUCUUUAUAUUACAAAUUGUUGUAAGAUAAUUUAGAAAACUAACUAAGAAGUUAAAACUAAUAAAUUCUUUAAUCUAAUAAGUUCUUCUAAUAAGUUAAAACUAUUUAUACAUAUUUACAAGCUCUACCUGAUAUUCAAAAACAGCAUUAACACUCAAGAGAAGAUCAGAUUGAACCUCCACUCAUUGAGUGUGAGUGAGCUUUUAGAAUACACGCGUAUAUCUAGAUCACUGGCCAAUGUUAAGAAGGUGAUUUUAAUAUCUUCUCUAGUUCGAAACGCUGGGUGAUCCUAGAGUAUGGCUGGAGGCUGCAACGCAGAUCUUCUUCUCGUUAAGUUUGUCGUUCGGUGGUCUGAUUGCUAUGGCAAGUUUCAAUCCAGUGAAAAAUAACUGCAAGAAAGACGCCAUUAUGGUCUCUCUUAUCAACUGUGGAACAUCCAUAUUCGCAAGCAUUGUCGUUUUCAGUGUGCUCGGAUUUAAGGUACGACCCGUAGCAAACGUGGAAACAUUAGGGAGCUUUAGAUUUGACUACGAGUACGACUACGAGUACGAAAUUCGUCAAGCGAAAACGCAUGCUGUAUGCUUACGCCAUCCCGUACUGACGCGAAAAAGUCGUAGCCGUCGCCCAUCUGAGUACGAAAUUGUGGAGAAACCUCGUAGUCCUCACGACGACUUUUCAAAAAAACAAAGAAAGUUGGCUUUUUUUUGUUUUCCAAAAAUAAUUUGUAGCAUUUAUAUAGCGUUUAUCCGGCGCAAAUAAUAUAUUAGUACUAAAUAUCUGGCCUAUUUUUAAUGUCAUGACUUAUUUACACGUUUUGUAGGGGAUUUUAGUCGGCAGGAGAUUUAGUUUAUGAAACUUUUUCUCAAGUUGUUGAUUUACUGUUAUAAAAGCAACAUUUGAAUGGAAACGAAAACGACUACGGUAAUUUCCUCGCACGCGAUCAAAUCUCGUACUCGUAGUCGUACUCGUAGUCAAAUCUAAAGCUCCCUAUUGUUCGCGAAGGCGGACAAACCAAGAAACAUUGUUUCCUAGCCAUGUUUCCCGAAGGUGGUCAAACCAGGAAACAUUGUUUCCCGAAGGUGGAAAAACUAGGAAACAUUGUUUCCUAACCAUGUUUCCCGAAGGUGGACAAACAAAGAAACAUUGUUUCCUAACCAUGUUUCCCGAAGGUGGACAAACCAGGAAACAUUGUUUCCUAACCAUGUUUCCCGAAGGUGGACAAACAAAGAAACAUUGUUUCCUAACCAUGUUUCCCGAAGGUGGACAAACCAGGAAACAUUGUUUCCUAACCAUGUUUCCCAAAGGAGGAAAAACCAGGAGAUAUUGUUUCCUAACCAUGUUUCCAGAGGUGUAGCCAAACCUGGAAACGUAUAUCAGAAAAUCUACACGCUGAGUUAAUUACUGUACUUACAAUCAUGUAUUGUUUUACAGUAUCCCGUCACUACCUCGGGAGGAAAGAACAUAUUGAACAUACAACAUGACCCACAUCAAAUCUUAAAAAACCUUUUCUCGCCCCUCAAGUGAUGCGACCCAUUCCUGUGUAUAUAAUACUCUUGAAUUAACACUUCAGGCCAAAACUGCGCGUGAUGAAUGUUUAGAAGAAGAAGCGAGGAAUCUCACAGCGAGAAACUUCACAUGUAAAAGUUUAGAUGACUACUUAAGUGAUGUAAGUACAAGCCCGUUUAAACCAGUUCAACUUCAUAGAUGCAUCUUCUGGGGGUGCCAGGGGAGAGGGGGGGUGUGCGCACCGCCCCAAAAAUAUUCUGCACCCCCAGAAAGUUUUCCCACCCCACCUAGAGAAAUUUGCACAUAUCCUCCCUUCCCCCAUUUCAAUGACAGCAGUGUGAUUGAAAUAAGGAUUUUGAACUAAAUAGGACCAAAAAUCUUAAAAUGAGGGAUAAUUGUGCAGUGAGGAUAUAAAAUCCUAUGACUGUCACGACCCACCCCUCAAUCUGUUAUAUAUUGCGUAAAUUUCCGCCGUUGUUUCCCUGCACCGGCCUUGUGAUACAUUUUGGUGUUUAACAACAGGUUGCUCAAGGUACAGGAUUGUCAUUUAUCGCGUUUACUGAAGCCAUAACGAAGAUGCCGGCCCCGCAAGUGUGGUCUGUGUUGUUUUUCCUUAUGUUAAUCACACUCGGUUUGGGCAGCAUGUUUGGAAAUAUCGCGGGAGUUGUUACUCCAAUCCUUGACAUGGGUUUGCUCAAAAUAAAAAAAGAGUAUCUCAAUGGUAAGUGUAUUUCAUCGAUAUUUUUCAAUGCCGCGUAUGCGGAGUUGCGCACUUUUCCAGGAAAUCUCAGCUGCGCAAAUGGUAGAAAAUCCAAAGCCCAUUUUCCACGAGGCGAAUUUGCUCGCACGAAGCCACUUUUGUCGACAUCGCUUAUCACGUCAGCAAAAGCAAUGCGGACAAAGAAAAAAAGACGCGCGAACAAAUUCGCCUAGUGGAAAACGGGCUUAAUUUAAGUGCAGGCGCGCAAAACAGUCUCAAAGUGCACCUCAAAAGGGGCAGUCAAGCGCUCCAAGGUAGCCAGAUACAUGUUAAAAGUAAUAUAGAAGGGCAGAUUAAAGAGCAAAAAUUGUUAUAAAGUACACCCCAGGUGAGAACAAAUUCGCCUAGUGGAAAAUGGGCUUUAAUUGUUUUCAUUAUAUGUAGUAUUCUUGUACUCACACAUAGCGAGGUCUCAUUUAGUGAGGUGGACAGUCCCCCAUCCGGAUAAACAGUCCUCUAAAUAGGCAGCUUUUAAUUUAUGCGCACAGGGGUGAGGGGAAUUAUGGUAUCAUAGUGCUGAUUAUGCUGAAAAAUUUCAAUAAAAACUGCCGAAACAACCGAAAUAUUUCAAUAUUUACAAGUAUAUAAGCUAUCACUCCGUGUUUACACGGCCGCCAUUUUUAUUUUUUCAGCAUAAUGAGCAAUAUGAUACCUUACUUCUCAUCCCCCUCGCAUAAACUACAAGCUGGAAUUGCCUAUUAUUCAUUUUAUUCACGCAGUGUUUUGCUCUAUUCUAUAGCGAUAAUGUCUACGAUAUUAUUUUUAUUCGGUCUCUUGUUGUGUCAGAAUUCUGGUGAAUAUUGGCUUCAACUUUUCGACUCCUAUUCCUUAAAUCUCGCGCUAUUGUGGAUCGCCUUAUUCCAUCUCAUCGGUAUGAACUUUGUUUAUGGAACAGAAAGGUAUUACGUGAUUAAGAAAAAGCUCACAGCUUUAACAUCGUUUUGCAAUUAUGAAAAAGUACAACAUACUGUGGAAGCUCAAUGAUUUACUACACUAUAGUUUAUACAUGUUUUGGAAAAAUUAGUUGUCAUAUGCAUAAAAAUAAUAUUUAACAAUUAUUCGCCGAAGGCGAGGUGAUUACACAAGUCUUUUGUGUUUUUUGGGACUGAAUUUAUUUUAAUUUCGCUUAUUUGUUUAUCAGUAACUUCCACAAAACGGCUAGCCGCCAUUUUGCAAAUUUCGGUUUUGCUAUAUUCACUUGUGCAAAAUUACUAAUCAAUAAUAUGCCAAUUACGUACCUUUUCCUUAUGGAAUUCAUGCUAGGCUUGAUAGCUGCCUCCUCCCCAGUCCCUUCAUGUGAGUUCAGGGGAUAACCCGCACACGGGCGAAUGUGGAGUGCGAUAAUUUGUGACUUUGAGGGCCUGUGGAAGAGUUAGGCGGGCACUUUCCUUACGAUAGUAACGUGUAGUUUUUGCAUAUUUUAGGUUCAGAGAUGAUGUGGAAUACAUGACAGGGACGCGACCUGGAAUGUAUUGGGUAAUCACGUGGCGAUAUAUUGGUCCAGUCCUGGCAGUUCUUCUGUUCAUUGCUGGUCUUUAUGACAUGAGCGACAAGGGGAUUGGCUACUCCGCCUGGGACAAGGAAGAGGUUGGUAAACGAUAUACCUGCACUGACCUCUAUAUAUAUCUGGAGCGAGUGAAAUUUUGAUCUAGACAAGUCUGGACAAAAAUUUCAUCACAGCUUGAAAGAGCAUCACAAAAUUAGUAAUAUUCCGAAGUUUCGUUGCGAAAUGUUGUAAAAUGCGGAUAAUAUAGCCUUGCGAAGUUUGCCAUUUUUCAGUCAUUUUGUAUUACAAAUGGAAGUUGGUGAUCAGUUUGAUCAUCUGAUCAUCAAUUUCCCGUUUGUAAUGCAAAAUGACUGAAAAACGGCAAACUUCGCAAGGCUAUAAAGAAUUAGAUUUAUUAGUUAUGAGUUUUGGUAAAGUAUUCCAGAUCCUUGUUGAUCUGAUUGUAUGACAUUAUUUUUAGGGUAAGACAAAAAGUGCCGAGUUUCCACCCUGGGGUGAUGCAAUGGUGAUUAUAUUAGUCUGUCUGGCGCUAAUGUGUGUUCCUUUCGUCGCGAUUCUUCGCUACUUCAGACUGUGUACGUAUCUAGGCAAAACGACGGAUCGUAAUUUCCAGAACACCACUUCGAGACUUGAGCUCACGAAUGGCAUUGACGAAAAACCCCCGCUUGGCACCACAGGCGGGGAUUAUGAUAGCAGAUUGUAAAUAUGUAUUUUCCUUAAAAAUGAAGUGUUUGAUUAAACGUAUUCUCUGUGUAAAUUUUUAAAAUCAGUUCAUAUACUUAAUAUGACUAAAGAGAACUGCAUUAAAUUUAUAUUCCAAAAUUGUUACGGAUGGUUAAAAACACAUUUUCUUUCUUGAAAACAACGAUUUGAAACUCAUAAAAACAGGUUUUAAAAUUUUUCUCUGAUAGUCCCCUCAUUAUUUUUUCCACUAAAAUGUUUCCUAUUUUUCCCCACCUUUUAUCCCAUUGAAUAAUUUCCCAUUAUUUUUCAUUUUUUCCCGUUCUCAUCUUUGACUGGGGCUCAGAAAAAAACUUGCACGCCAAUAUCGAGUUCAAUGGUCCGAUAUUUUGUAAUUCCACAUGAACUAGUAACUGAUAAAUAUCAUGUUAAAAUAUACAUACAUCAGUAAUAUAGUUGUUAAAAAGUAGUUAUAGACAUAGGUCAUAGUACGGUAUAUGUAUAUAUAUACGAUUGUGAAAUUUUCCAACAAGAUUACAGACUUAUAGUGUCUUGUUGCUACAGCUUGAUUCCUCUAUAGUCAUUCUUGGUCAAUGGUCACACUCAGAACAAUGACCAAAGGUCAACGAGCACCCACCCUACCAGAUUCAGUAACUCAAUAUUUGUUUAUUAAUGGCUACAUAUGAAAACGUAUUGAGUUCACUGGCAACAUAUGACUCAAUUUAUCCUUGUCUAUUGGAUAAUUCUAUUCAACUCCCUUUAUGGAGUGCCCAUAUCUGGUGUAUCGUUCAAUUUGUCUUUUUUCAAACCAAAUUGUUCUAGUCCAUCAGUUGACAGUCUGUCUUGAUUCUUUCUCUUGUUCGGUCGACGCAAGAACUCGUCGAUUGCUUUACGACAAUCGCUCCAGACUUUCUCCUCCAUCAUUUCUGUCGUUGGGAACAAUUCAAACACAUAUUUUUUGAUUUUGUUAACACGCUCUGGGUCUAGUUUCUCUUUGUUUCUUGUGCCUGAAAAUGUGAAUGAGAACGCCUUAAUCAGCGUUCG